ACAUUUCUGUGAAAACAAGCUUAGAAGGCAGCUUUAACAUCAACAUGAGGACAUUGUGUCUACUUUUGCUUUUACAUUCAAGUCUUCAGCUCCAGUGCGAUAAAAGAGAGAUAAGAGCCUACACUGGAGAUGAAUUCAUGAUAGUCUGCAAAUAUGACCACGCCCGUUUCCUGUUCAGUAAAAAAUAUUUAUGCAGAGGAGAAUCCAAAAAUACCUGUAAGAUUUUGCGGGACACUGAUGAUGUUGCAAAAACCCAAUCCACCAACAGGGUGAGCAUAAUUGACAGACACAGAGCUGGGUUCAUUGUGAAGGUAACAAAUCUGCAAACUGAAGACUCUGAUUUUUACUGGAUUGGGAUCGACAAAAUCUAUGCUGACAUAAUGAUAUUGGUUAAAGUAAUUGUUACAGAAGUUCCAGUGUCUAAACCCAGCGUUUGGCCCCUGACCCCUCUGCUGGACGGUCCAACAUGCUGGGGGAAGCCAGUAACCAUUCGUUGUGGUGCUCCAAAAGGCAGCGGGGUUUUUUAUGCCUGGUAUCAGCAGAUGCAUCACAAACGUCUCCUGCUGCACAGCUCUACAGAUAUAACAUUUCACUGCGGCGUAGUAACGGAGGACAGCGAGUUUUACUGCUCUGCAAAUAACAGCAUCAGCAGUGAGCAGAGCGAUAUAGUUUCUGUGCAGGUUCUCAUUCCUGCCAGCAGCAACUGCAUCUAUGCUGUUAAUAUUCAGGGGCAGCCUAUUUAUGACUGCAAAGGCAGAAUCAGCACAACCGUGUCUGAAACUUCACCGACAAUGACCUACAUAGAACCCACAAAAACUACCUUUGGUACAUCAGAGCAGUUUUUACAAGUAAAUCAAACCACUACCCCUGCAUUUUUCCACAGAACAUGGUCUGGAGUUCCACUCUGGUAUGAGAUGCUGAGAUGGGGUUCUUUCACAGUCUUACUCAUAAGUCUGUGCAUAGUUACAAGCUGCACACAAAAUGGUCAUAGGCAGUAUGACAUGUGAUAUGAUUUUUGACAAUUUCAUCUUAAAUUUUUAUAGUACAUAAAAACUGAUUCUCAAAGUUUUUCAAAAUUAAGCAAGAGAAAGGAUUACAUAAAAAGAAAAAAAUAACUUAGUAAAAAUUAAAAUAAUUACUUAAGUGUCCUCUGAGAAGUGUGAACCCCACACUUUCCUAAGAGUAAAAGGUAAAUCACAGGGUAAACUAACCGCCUCUCCAUAGUGGGACAACAAAGUGACACUCAGAAGUCAAAAUUGUCUGGAAUUAUGUCUUUACAACAAUGCAUUAUAAAGUAAAUAAACAGCAGUGGAAAAUAAUGUGGACAGCUGUCUUUAGCAUUUCACACUUUUCCUCUGAACGUCCCAGAAUUUAAACACCAGGGGGUUAUUUCUUUCAGUUUCCACUAUUCUAAAAGGCAGUAAGUAAAUGUUAAAAUCAGCCAAAUUAUGCAUGGGCAUGUGAAGAAAAUAUUACUCUAUUUAAGUCAGUGGCAUUUCUAGGAAACUAAACCUCCAACAUAACUUCUACCCCAUAGCAACCACGAAAGUAUUACUUCAUCUCUUUAUUAAAAUCCUCAAGAAACUCUAGUGGGUGUUACAGGUGGUGAAACUGUCAAAGAUGAGCAAUCAGUGAUUUUUUUCCUUCACUGAUUUCACAGAACCUUUGUAAGAUUAGGUGUUCUCUUUGUGUCUGGUCAUCUGAGAGCAGGUGAGGCUACCUGGCUGCAAGCCCAGAAAGAAAAACAAUUGUGCCCUUUGGAAAGAAACUGAUACCUAUUUACUUUUCUCACCUCUUAAGAUAAUCAUAAAACAUUUAUUUUUUUAAUCACAGAGAUUGUAAAAAAUCAAACUGUUCAAAUUUUGAACAGUUUUGAACACUAAAAUUUUCAGCUUCACUGCUAAAAGGCUUGAUCAAUCAGUCAGUCCCUGUUGUUCAGCACAUUACCUAUAACAGUUUAACAAUCCAGAAUAAUCUGAAAGUCCCACACCACACCAGGACCUUUCAUCUUUGGACGUGUUGACCUGGAGAUUGAAAUGACUUGGGUAAAAAUAUUUAAAUAUGAGUGGAAGGCUUUCGGAACCUCCAGUUAUAAUUAAAAGACUCUGCAGUGGAAAAGGAGCUAUUGACUUGCACUUGAUGUAAAUUGUUUUGAGGUUUCGACGGACUAUGUGACAAAGCAAUUAGAACCAAGAUCUGUACACAGAAACAAGAAAAGUCUGUAUAAUAUAAAAAUGCACAAACUAAUAUGCUAUGGUUUACUCACAUC